GCUUGUGGACAAAUGCAUAGGUUCCCGUAUUCACAUUGUGAUGAAGAGUGAUAAAGAAAUUGUUGGAACACUUCUAGGAUUUGAUGACUUUGUCAAUAUGGUGUUAGAAGAUGUUACAGAAUUUGAGAUUACACCUGAGGGCAGAAGAAUCACAAAACUAGACCAGAUUUUGUUAAAUGGAAAUAACAUAACAAUGCUGGUUCCUGGAGGAGAAGGACCUGAAGUAUAAAUUGAUACAGUUGUCAUCUAUGAAGACAUAUAUAUAUAAUAGAGUUUUUGGGAUAUGAGUGGGUUUGUUGGCUGUUUAUUUUGUUUAUGUACUCUUGCAGUUGAUAUUUGAUAAAAGACAAGGAUUUCCUCUUCAGGAUAGGUGCAUUGCUAAUGAUAAUGCUGACUUUGUAAGUUGAAAUCAUGACUUUCUUGUAAAGACACACUAAUCUGUCCUGAAUAAAAGGCUUUCUUUUUGUUAGUUACUGUGUUUUGUUAUGUAAGUGCACAAGUUAGGUUUUAUAACUG